AUGGGUCAACAGGUUAAAUGGCCCCCGAAGAUAAGGGCACCCGAUUCCUUCCGGAACACCGACCUCUGGUGUGAGUUCCACCGUGACCAUGGUCACAAGACGGAGGACUGCAUCGCAUUAAAGAUCGAAGUCAAUGAGCUCCUCCAAAUGGGAUAUCUCCAGGAAUUCCUCUCAGAAAAGGCGAAGAACCUCCUAAGCAAGGAGACACCCAGGAAAUCUGAUGAAACCAAGCCCGCGUCACCACCUCGCCAAGACCAAGUAAUCCAUGUCAUAUCCGGAGGUUCAGAGAUAAGCGACAUAAGCCAUGCAGCUGCAAAGAAGAGCACUCGAAACGCCAAACUUGGUCUGGAGACGUCUAAAUCAAAACGUCUACUCUUGGGAACCGUCGAGAUAAGCUUCACGGCGAAGGGGCAAGAGAAGGUCCUGGCUCCCCAUCAUGACGCUAUAGUAGUAUCGCUUACCGUAUCAAACUGCUUGGUAAGGAGGAUCCUAGUAGAUAACGGAAGCUCCAGCAACAUCAUCUUCCAGACCGCCUAUCAGGACCUAGGGUUGGAUGAAAGUGCCUUAACUAGAAAGACAACCCCACUCGUGGGAUUCAGCGGAGAGGUGGGAUUCAGCGGAGAGGUGAAGCAAACCGCCGGUGAAGUGGUUCUUCCAGUCUAUGCUGAAGGACUCAACAUGUCAACUAAGUUCCUCCUCGUCGACUGCCAAUCAUCCUACAACAUGAUCUUGGGAAGACCAUGGAUCCAUGAUAUGGGAGCUGUCCCCUCAACACUCCAUCAAAUGGUGAAGUUCCCUACUCCUUGGGGCAUCAAGGCCGUCAGGGGUGAUCAAGAAAAUUCUCGAUCCUGCUACCAGACCACCUUAAAGGGGAAGACAAAGGUCUUAUAG